AUGGAGACAGCCGGCAGCAGCGUCAAGCACGAGCAAAAAAGCGCUCAUAAAUGUAAGUUAUCUAAUUUUAUAUUGUGGCACUUAGCCGCGCAGAUAAUAGUUGUAUUGACGUUUGAGUUUAUGCGCUGCUCGACGACCAGUCAGCCUGCCAUUUGGUUAGCACGUUAGCUUAUGCCGUAGCCGCAACUAAACAGUAAUGUGGACCCGUGAUGUCGCAUUAUAAAUACUGCUAUGUUUUCCUUCAGGGACAGAUGAGGAUACUGAGCGGCUGAUCUGGUGGCGGGGACGGAACGAAGCCCUGUUCACGGGAAGAAGGAACGCCGCCCUAAAGGGUUUUGAGUAAGACAUUUUUGUUCAUGCGCCGUUGCGCCGUGGAUUUAUUUAUUGUAAAUACACGCUUCAACUGGAGCCGACUGGAACACAAACGUUGGCCAGGUCGGCCUUUAGAUUUAUUGUUAUCAGAGCAGCAUUCUACGAGCCGCAAACGCUCCCCACCACUCGACAGAACAUAAUACGAGAGUUGCUAUGGGUUUAUUACAAGAUGGGGAAAAAGCUACUGCCUAAUGCAGAAAUAAUAUGAAUAAUAUGAGUGGCUUGUAGGCACUUGCCACGUUCAUAUGCCCUUUUGAUUGCCCCUUGUUUGUCAUCCUUGUUUAGGGCUUUCAUCAAGGAGCAUGGGCUGGAGGGCCAAGUGGACCCAAGUUUUCCCCCCAAAAAAUGGGAAAACCUAAAGCAGAAGUAUAAGGUAGGUGGAGGUGUGACAAACACUUCAGUAUUUAUGUUUCGCAUCAAUACAGUGAAUGCUUAUGUUUUUAAAUUUUACUAUAUAAUCUGACUAUGUCAGAGUUGAAACAGUCAGUGUGAGAGGGACCUAUGUUAUCAGAUUAUCUUUGUGUGUGUGUCAUUUGCCAGGUUCUCAAGGCACCACCAACGGGGGUCAGCACAGAGGGAGGAGAGGCCACUGCUGCAAGCUGGAAAUGGUUUAAUAUCAUGGAUGAGGUGAUGAGGGACCGUCCCGCCAUAUCACCGCCCAACCUCAUCACCUCAUCCAUUACACCAGCAGCAGUGGCCUCUCCUCCAAAUCCCCCUUCUGAGUCUCCUCCUGUGAGAGUGAGGAGAACAAGCGACUCACGGAGCAGAGAGUGGUUCGAGGAGUGGGUAAAAGAGUUUGAGGAGAGGGAGGAUGAAAAGAUUUGGCAGGCAGAGGAGCGGGAACGUCGGGCAGAGGAGAGGGAGAGGCAGGAAAAGAGAGAGAUGGAAGAAAGAUGGGUAAGGAGAGAGAGAGAGUAGAGAGAAGAGGAAAGGAAGGAAUACAGAUAGAAGAGAGCGUGAGUGGAGAGAGUGGAUGGACAGAAGAGCAAUGGAAGAAAGGAGAGAGAGAGAGGAAAGAGAAAGGGAGAGUAGAGUGAGAGAAGAGAGGUGGAUGGAGUUAAUUGAAAGACUUUUUAAUUCAAAAUAAUGUGUUCAUUUGAUAUUUAUGUUUAUUUUACAGACCAAGUUUUAAGUUCACAAAUUAUUGUAUUAUCUUGGUCACCUAUUCUUUGUAAAGUUUUAGUUUGUUGCUUCAUGGUUUUGUUAUCGUUAUAAAAUUAAAAGAUUGUUCUUGUUCCAUGACUAAUCUUAACAUAUUUGCACGGUACAUAAAGGAAUAGAGGCAGGAAUGGCAUAGUAUUUAUUUGAAAGCAGUUAUGUAAUCACCCACAUACCUAGGAUUAGUGUAAACAUGCUUCUUUUGUGCAAAAAUAUCUCCACAUCCAUCUUUUCACAUGCAAGAGACCACUUUCUUACUAUAGAUAGGUAAGUAUAAUACUAACCAUUAGUACCAUAAGUAUAAUACUAACAAAGUAUAAAUAUAAUAGUAUAAUUAGUAUAAUAUUAGUAUAACUAUAAAUAGUAUGAUAACUACAAUAAAAUAAGUAUAAUAGAAGAAGAAGAAGAGUGAGUGAAGAUUUUAUUCAGUCACAGACACAAUACAACUUAAUAUUUACAUUUACAAACAAUAUCAUGAAGAAAGUGACUGAAAAGGCACAGGCCGAAGCAAAAGCUUAUGCACAUAUUAGGCUACCCAACAAUUUUUACGUAUACAAAAAAUAAAAAAUAAGAUACUAAUUUCAUAAAAUUAUAGAACAAAUCAUAAAACUAACAUAUCCUCCUUUUCAAAAAAUCAAGAAUAAAUCCUCAUAAAGAACCAAUAAUAGGAAGUAACAAAAACCUUUACAGAAUCAUCAAGACUUAUAGUCUUCAAAGAUUGCGCUGUAAACCAUCCUUAUACUAACUAUAUACUAUAAUACUAACUAUUUACAACUACAAUAUAACUAACAAUAACAUUAACUAUUCACAAUGACUAUUAUUAUAACGCUCAUAAAUAAUCAUGCUCCCUCAGUGCAGGGAUCUGCUCCUCUGGAACUGACAUUGCUGCUGCCAUCCGAUCCCUGAAGGCAUCACCACUCUGUUGGGCCAGGUCAUGAGCUGCCGCCAGACAGUUAUCAUCCCCAUCAACCUCUUCACCGUCCUCUGGCUCCAAAAUGUCCCCGUGCCCGAGGCAGAGGUUGUGGAGGAAAAGGCAGUCCACAAUGACCUCAGAAACGAAGUCAACCUUCACCUCCAGGGCCUUGAGAAAUAUGGAGCGCCACCUGGUUUUCAGGACUCCAAAUGCCCUCUCCACCACACUCCUGGCCCGAAAAUGCCUGGCAUUGAACCUCUCCUCGGUGGGGUU